AUAUAUUACAAUGCACAAAGCUGCAAUCAAAAAAGCCUUGAAAUCUCAGUCAUUUCUGUCUAUAAAAUUGAGCUGACUAGGAAGUAAGAAAGCACCAAUCUCUUGCUAGAAACUCACAAUAACACUUCACUAGAAAAUCAUGGCAAAACCUCAUGUUCUAGUCAUACCUUAUCCCGCACAAGGCCAUGUAAUCCCUAUAAUGGAGCUUGCUCAACGCUUAGUCAAGCAAGGUAUCAAAGUUACAUUUGUGAACACAGAUGUCACUCACAAGCUUGUGACAAGCAAUUCGUUAGAGAAAGAUGGGUUUUCGGGUCUAAUGCAGAUGGUUUCCAUCCCCGAUGGAUUAGAACCAUGGGAGGACAGAACUGACCUUUGUAAGUUGAGCAAAUCCGUAUUAAGAACCAUGCCUCGCAAGCUGGAGGAGCUUAUAGACACGAUUAAUGAAGAAAAGAACAAUAAAGUCACAUGUAUUAUUGCUGAUGGUUGCAUGGGAUGGGCAAUACGAGUCGCAACGAAGAUGGGAAUUAGUAGAGCAGCCUUCUGGCCAGCCUCGGUUUGUACACUGGCCUCGGUGCUGAGCUAUCAGAAAUUGAUCGAUAAUGGAAUCAUUAACAACAAUGGCAUGCCUCUAAACCAUGAUCAGAUGAUUCAGCUCUCAGAAAGCAUGCCACCUAUAAAACCUGCUGACCUCUCAUGGGCGUGCUUUGAGGAUUCGCCAACUGUAGAAGCUGUUUUUCAAGUUGUAAGAGAAGCUGUUGAAGCAGCUAGAUUGACGAAAUGGUAUAUAUGCAACUCAACAACUGAGCUGGAGCUUGCAGCAUUUAGCCUCUUUCCACAACUGUUGCAGAUUGGCCCGUUGCUCGCAAGCAACCGACUUGGUGAUCAAGCAGGCCACUUUUGGCAAGAAGACUCCACCUGUUUAAAAUGGCUCGAUCAACAGAAACCAUGUUCAGUCAUUUAUAUAGCAUUUGGGAGCUUCACCAUUUUCAACCAAACACAGUUUGAGGAAUUGGCACUUGGUCUUGAACUUAGCAAUAGACCAUUCUUGUGGGUUGUGAGACCAGGCAUGACGAAGGAGACUACAGCUUCUUUCCCAGAUGGGUAUGUGGAAAGAGUAGGCUCUCGUGGAAGAAUUGUGAGUUGGGCACCUCAACAGAAAGUUUUAGCUCAUCCUUCUGUAGCUUGUUUUGUGAGUCAUUGUGGUUGGAAUUCUACUUUAGAGGGUGUUACUAAUGGACUCCCUUUCUUGUGUUGGCCAUAUUUUGCUGAUCAGUUUCACAAUGAAACUUACAUUCGUCACAUAUGGAAAACUGGACUUGGGUUUAACAAAGAUGGAGGUAUUAUCACACGAGGAGAGAUACAAAGUAAGGUAGAGAAGUUGCUCGGAGACAAUACAUUCAGAGAGAAGGCCAUGGAUACUAAAGAAAAGGUUACAAGCGCUAUUACAAAAGGAGGAUGCUCACACAAAAAUCUUAGCAAUUUCAUUGAGUGGAUACAAGAGGAAUCUACAGAUGCCCAAGAAUAUUCAACUUGACAAUAUGUUAUCUAUAUUUCAUGUUUGAUGUUCUAAAGUAUAAUUAUAUUUGGGGAGAUCAGAGAUGGGUUGAUUUAUAUUAUCUAUGCAAGGAGGCUUCCUUUCCUUUGCUUUGUUUCCAUUUACUCAUUUAAGGGAGUUUAUGAAAAUUGAUUCAACUUAUUUUAUGCAAACAACUUAAAUUUACUAUCAUGCUUGUUAAUGAUAAUGCUACUUCUCUUGCUUUGCGCUCCA